UUCCUACCAUGGCGACCACUGUGAGAAGGGCUUUGUUUUGCCUCCGACAAACCCUUAACUCGACGGCCGUUCCGAAUUAUCUUGCUUCAAUUCCAAUCUGUACUCUGAGACCUCACUUGGGUUCGGCUUUUCGGUUUUCUUCUGAUACCCAGUCGUUUGAUAUUGAUCUUUCCAAUGAAGAAAACAAAAGGCGUAUCUUUAACAGAUUGUUGUAUCGAAGCAGACAACGUGGGUUUCUUGAAUUGGAUUUGGUUUUGGGGAGUUGGGUAGAGCAGCAUGUCUCCUCAAUGGAUGAGUCUCGAAUCAAAGCGCUUGUGGAUGUUCUCGACCUGGAAAGCCCUGAUCUAUGGAAAUGGCUUUCUGGACAAGAGCAACCACCUGAGGCAGUGAACAGCAAUCCGGUAUUUCGUGCUGUUCAUGACAAAGUUAUGAACAACCUUAACAGCCAUUCUGCGCCCGAGACAAGGGCACUACCUGGGAAACCGUGGGUAAGAGGAUGGGAUGAUAUGAAGAAAGGUCGGGACAGCCCCAUUUCAGGAAACCAGUAGUAGUAACCUUUGGUUUACCUUG